AUGAUUGGUUUGACCACAAAAUCCAUAUCACAUCCAUCCGAGACAUCCGACGAUUUCAAAUACGAUUGGAAUAAAGUGUCGGAACCGUCCGAAGACAUGGAUUCUUCCAAUCCUUUGAGCACUUAUAUUAAAAUAGUUGUCGGACUUGUGUUGGGUCUUAUGAUCUUGAUAUCAAUAUUAGGCAAUAUUCUCGUCUGUUUAGCCAUUUCUAGUGACAGACGUCUGCGAAGACUUGGAAAUCUAUUCCUCGCAUCUCUAGCAUUGGCCGACCUUUUUGUGGGCUCUUUGGUCAUGACAUUUGCUGUGGCCAACGAUCUGAUGGAGUACUGGAUGUUUGGACCACAACUAUGCGAAAUAUGGAUCGCUUUUGAUAUCAGUUGC